AUGCUGAAGGAGACCCUUGACAACCUAGCCCGCUCACACAUGGCGCAGAGCUGCGUCCACGUCGUGUUGGCUAUGGAGGCGCGAGAAGGCCCAGAGGGCCAGGAGAAAGCGGCGCGCAUUGUCGAAGAGAAGAAACAUCUCUUCGCCGACAUCUUCGCGACCUUCCAUCCCAAGGGGCUGCCGGGCGAAAUUGCCGGCAAGUCCUCGAACACUCAGUUCGCCUUCCGGCAGGCGCUCCGGAAAUAUGGGGCCGCCUUGUGCCAGAACGACUUGUCCAAGAUAUUCUUGACCGUCGCCGACGCGGACACUCUGCUUCACCCGCAGUACCUCAGCGCCCUCGCCUACCAAGGUCUCACUAUGGGCAAGGAGGAGCGGUCUUGGACCCUGUUCCAACCGCCCGUCCUCCUGUCGCGCAACCUCUUCAGCGUCCCCUCGCUGACGCGCUCGACCUCCCACGCCACGCUCGUAUUCGAGUUGGCGGGGCUGUCCAGCCAACACGUUUUCCCUGCCUUCGCCUUCUCCACGUACUCCAUGACGCUUGCGCUGGCGUCUCACCCGGAAGUCGACGGGUGGGAUGUCGACGUUAUAGCCGAGGAUCACCACAUGUUUUGCAAGUGCUACUUUGCCGCCCUGUGGGAGCUCUUGAAUGCCAAGAAGGCGUCCAAUGAGGUCCAAAUCGUGCCGCGAGUGAAGGUUCAGCCAAUUUUCCUGCCGGCCGUGUCUUUCCUGGUCGAGGCAGAUGGCUACUUCGCUUCCCUUCGCGCGCGCUUUCAGCAGGCCAGAAGACACAUGCAAGGCAUUGUCGAGCUGGGCUAUGUGAUGCUGCAGUGGAUCCGUUUGAGCACCAGCAUCGGCAGGGCUCAGAUCCCGAAGCGCACGCAUCUCUCCGUUGCACUCAUCGCUAUCAAGAUGUACAUCAUGCACAUCGUCAGCAGUUGCCAGUGCUUCUCGCUGGUGCUCGUGGCCACUUGCCGGAUCCUCCCAAGGGUGGGAGAGCUGCUGCGCCACCUGCAGCUGGGCUCCAUGGGCGCGCUCGGCGAGGAGCUGAGGUCGCAGCUCUUCGACCUGGGAGGCAGCUGGAGCUCCAUGAGCAGCGCCCAGCAGGCGCUGACGGCGGCGAUGAGCCAGAUCUCCGGCAUCAUGAUGCUCUACACCAUCACCUGCGCCAUAGUGGCCAUUGACUUGAUGGAAGGGACGUACCACAGAGAGAUCAACUCCAGCCUCCCAGCCCCCAAGGAGUUCGAGAAGGAGGUGAAGGUAGAUGAGCGACCACUUUGUAGGUCGGCCAAGAAUCAAGACGGGAGCUGCCGUCUUGAGAUGCCAGGUGUUCCCGAAGGCCGCAGAAGCUGGCUGGCACGGAUAGCAUUCAUCAUGUACAUCCUGGUCGACAACACCCUGUCAGGUUAUCCCGCCUGGGCGAUCUUCGCGGUCAUCCCCGUGUUGCUGGCAGGAUGGUCGCUGCUGCGACGGGGCACCGACUUCGAGUACGUCGUUGCCUUGAAGCCCAACUGA